AUGGGGAGCUUCUUGAACAUCGCUAUCCUGGCCGUCCUGGCCGCCAUGCUCGCUGGACCGCUGUAUCGCCAGGUGAAUUUGUUGGGAGUUCUCAGGAAACCCAUUGAGAACAACCCGUACAUCGAGGGCCACAAUCUGAUCAAGAUCGAGGAUACAAUGCAAUGCGAGGAUCUGCAUUACCAUGCGCCGGCCAACAAGUUGUUUACGGCCUGUGAGGAUUCCGUGCUUCCGCGUUUUGAAUGGUUCCCGCCCAUGAAGGCAUUUAAGAAGCCAUCUCUUGCGACGGGCUCGAUUCAUGUCAUCGACCCGACGACCAUGAAGUCGACGCGACUAACGUUUGAGGAUAACUUCUCCGGUCCAUUCAUCACGCAUGGAAUUGACGUUUUGGAGGACCCGGAGCGCCCCGACUCGGUGUACAUCUUUGCUGUAAACCAUGCGCCGCAUCCCGCAUACCGCCCAGGCCGCUCGGACAGAGAAUGGGAUUGGGACGGCCCCAAGGCUCGCUCGCAGAUUGAGCUCUUCCACCAUGUCUUAGGGGCGACGACCGUGAAGCAUGUUCGAUCUAUCCGCCACCCGUUGAUCAAGACGCCCAAUGAUAUCUACGCCGAGAGUCCGUACUCUUUCUUUGUUACCAAUGAUCACGGUUACCGGGAUGGCGUGCGGCGCGCUAUCGAGGAUAUUGUUCCGAUGGCUAAAUGGUCCAGUACCAUCCACGUGCGGUUGGAUGAGCUGCAGGCGGUGGAUGCUGAAGCGGCCAUUGAUGCGUCGGUUGCGCUGACGGGACUCUUCAACAACAACGGGUUUGGUCAUGGCAAAGCCGCAGAUGAUAUGCUGAUUACCAGCGCUCAGGGAGGAAUGCUGUAUCUAGCUCAACCGGUCCGGGAUCAGGAUGGAGAUACCAUCUCGGUGAAGGAAGAGAUUCCGCUGGACAGCUCCGUCGACAAUCCCACCUACUUUACUGACGUGUAUCGGACUUCGGAGGCGGAUGACGCUAGUGGCUUUGUGCUUGCUGGACUGAGACGAGCCGUUGAUAUGGUCACGCACCACACUGAUCCGACUGCCAAGGACGGUGUGAUGGUAUGGUAUACACGACCCAACACGACUGCUAGCGAGCACAGGAGUGAGAGAGAGGGCGAGCACGAGAAGAACGAUGAUGAAAAGAGCAGCAACAACGGAAGAUAUGAAACCCGUUUGCUCUUCGAAGACGAUGGCACCCAUAUUCGAACCGCUGCUACGGCCGUGCUGGUGCCGAUUCCGCCGCAGCCAGAACAGGGUAAGAAGGCGUGGUUGUUUGUGACGGGAUUCUUUUCGGAGAGCAUGAUUGCGGUCCAGGUUGACUUGUAG